AUGAAGCCCAUUGAUGACAAGAAGGACGCAGUGGUGAUAAGGGCUGUGAGCCGAGAUGAAGAAGGAAAGAAAAGGGUGGAGAAAGCCGAGGUGAAGACACACAAAGUAGACACCGUCAAGUACAUAGAGAAGAAACUAGUGGAUAAAGGGAUAAUACGCAUGGAGAGGCACCCUGUAGAUGGGAAAGGAGGGAUAGGCAAGCCACCACCGAAGUCAGGCCAUGGUGGGAAGUACACAUGGGAAGGACCGGAUGAUGAGGCAGAGAGCGAGCUGGAGGGGGCGGCACAACCUGCUAUUGACGAGAAGGAUCCGAACUAUGUAGACGAGGAGGCGGAAGAGAAACUUGUGAGGGGUGAAGAGAAGGAUGUGGCUGAUUUGAUUGCCGGAGAAGUUGAGGUGGCUAAGGCCGUCGAAGAAAGAGAUGGUGUGGCUAGAGUUGAGUUCUCCAUGGUUCAGAUCAUUAAAUAUGGAAUGGGAGCAUAUGGAGGAGGAGUCUUUGAUGUGAAAGAGAAAUUUGAUGUGGAAGAGAAACUCAGAGGAGAUUUGUUGAGUUGCAUUUUUAACUUUUCAAUCUCCGUUUUGGGGCUUCUUUCUUCGCAUCAGAGCUCUGAAAGCUUUGAUUCUUCGUCUUGUAGAGCCUUUCUCCCUGUUUAA